GGGGGCGCCGCCAUGCUAAUGAGGUUGCGGGGAUGGGUUGCGGGUAGUGCGGUGAGGAGGCAGCUGGUGUUCGCAGCCCACAUGCUGCCUGGGAGUGCUGAGGGGCGGCGGUGACCGUGCUGCUGGUCGGGAGCCGAGCGAGGUAAGUGUCCCCGGACCCCAUGUACCCCAGUAUUAACCCUCCCGGGGCCGGGCGCCACCGCUCAGGUCCUACCCUGGGUCUCACUGCUCCUCUUCUAAACCAAGGGUGCAUCAAGCCGCUAGACCCCCAGCUGCUCCACCGGGCAAAGCAUUCUAGUAGAGUUCUAGUAGGACAGCUGGGCAUCCUGAAUGUGAUAAACACAUUAUCUGUGUAUAGCCUCUCUUUCCAUUCAUUGGGAAGAUCGUCUACAGCCCCUCACUGUGUGUUCAUGUUCAACACAUUGCAUUGAAGGAAAGACCAAUCAUCCUAUAUUCUCUUUAUUUAUAAAACCUACAUGGAGCGUUUUAUGCCUGAUUAAAUGGUGAUCGUGCUGCCUUUUUAUUUAUUUUUUGAUGAGACCUUUAUGAUCCAGCAAUGUAUGUGUGUGUGUUUUUCUUCUUCUUCUUCUUCAAACAUCCCUGCAGUAUUUCUAAUGCAUUAGUAGUAAAAUAAGCAGCUCUGGUUAUAGCAUGUAUGUUGUUGCAAAAUAACAAGCCAUUUUGGUGUGUGGUGUUCUAAACUCAGAUACACGCUGGGUAUUUUUACUCUGCAGACAGUGCAGAGCAAUGGUUCUAGAAUGUUGCUCGGCUGGAACCAUGUACACUAUUCUACAACAGCAACAUUUUAAUCAUCGGAUGGCUUUGAAAGCGUUGGAACAUCAUUUUGUAGAAAGCCAUAGCACUGCUUGCUAGUUUGCUUUGUUGCCUUUGAAGUUGCUGUCAAAACCAGCUCGUAUUGGCUGCGUUUCGCUAGAUUUAUUAGACCAUCUAGCCUUCUCAUAUAAUGGUAUAAAUGAGUGUAUGUAUGUGUAAUAAAUAUAUAUUACACACACUCAUCAGUCCUCCACCGCCAUCUCCUGAUGUCUGUUUGUUUAUGGUGGUAGGAACUGCCAAGCUAGUUGUGUUUGGGGUGACAGAUUCGAGAUUUGGAAUGUGAGUUCAGGGAUUUCCUUAAGAUCUAAUUUCAGUCCGCAGAGAAUUGCAUUCCUUCCCUUCCCUGCCAGUGAUGUGAGGGAAAGAUAUGUGAUACUGGAAGGCAGUCUUUUCUUACAUCCAUCUGCUUCUGUAGCAUUUAGCCUUUGUUUUAAAUCUGAUGUCAAAUACAGUAGAAUGCAAAUUUAAUGUGGCCCAGAGCUUUAUAACUUAUUUAAUCUCUGGAUGGUUUAAAGGAGAAAUGUAAUAAUGAUGUUGAAGCAUAAGUUACAUUGUGGCAGGAUUGUUUUUUUGGACAUUAUUCACACAAAAAAAGUAAAUCGUGGCAUACUCAAAACCAAAUUGUAAAAGUCAGUACAAAAUAGCAUUUUUACAAGUUAGCUAUUUUGGCCCAAAUGUAAAAUUAGAUUUUUAUUUUACUACACUUCACCUGGGGUUAACAUUUCAAGUCCCACACCACUCACCACUGCAAGCUUGAAUGGUCCAUGGUACACUCACCGCGGCUGAAUUUCUACUUGCCAAUGCAAAUAUUGAAGUUUUACCUCAAGAGCAGGAAUUUUUUUUUAUUAUUAUUAUUUUUUUUUAUUUUUUUUGCAAAAGAGCAAAGGACAGUAUAUCAAGUAUUCAUACAAUGCAGCAAAGUUCACAGGGUAUGUAAAACAGUACCUUAGUUAUGACCACAAGAACACCGUAUGUACAAAAAGAGACACGUGAAGAGUAAAGUACGGUAACAUAUAUUUGCCAUUGCAACUAACUCUGAAUCAAGAUACUGUUCGGAGCAGAAUAGUUCCUCAGGCGAAUUCAGAGAGAAACAAAAAGAAAAGAUGAGAUCCAACAGGAAAGCGUAAUAUUUAGGUAAGAAUUAAGCAAGAAAGAAAAAGGUUGGGGAUGAAUAGGGUAGGGAUGGAACCGUGACCCAACAUAGAAGAUCCUAACCAGGAGAUAUAACUUGGUGAAAACUCGUGACAUCCUAGGUCAAUUGUCACCCAUAAGGAGAAAACUGAAGGGUUGAGUGCCAAAGGAUGUCUAAGAUGGCUGUACUUUAUCCUUGUGACAGCCCUUGGAUGGUUUGAUAAAUAUUCCAGCCAUAGUUACCACACAGUGUGUUGUUUUUUUUUGUUUUUUUCCCUUAGAUGUUCUACUGAAGCAAGCAUAGACUCCUAUGCUUUAAUAUAUUCCACUCUAGAAAGAAUAGAGUAGACGGUGUCUAUGACAACUUACAAAACAGAAGAAUGAGAGAUUUGGCUGCGUUCAGCAAAAAGCGAAGAAUCCAUUUUAUUUAUACCUGGAAAUAGGAAGGGAGUACAAUGCAGGAGUACAUUCUUGGAUCAGAAAGGUACAGGGCCGUCCAGGAUUUCUGUGGUAGUCUAUACCCUCCUCCAAAAAGGAUGCAAUGUCUGGGUACAACCACCAAAUAUGAAGAGACGUCCCGAUUUCCGUACCACAUCGCCAUUCGUGGUUGAAGAUGUGAGGAAAAUCCUGUGAAGCUUAUCUGGAGUUUCAUACCAUUGUGAAAGGAUUUUGUAAUUUGACCUGAAAUUUAAAACUUAAAGAACUUUGCAGUGUUAUUCACUAAAGUUUUGAAUUCAAAGUGAAUUUUAAAUUUAAGUCCAAAGGAGCCAAAUUGGAGGCGUAGCUGACAGAUAAUUUUUCCAGUUUGGAAUUCACUUUGAACUCUUACGUUUGUAAAUAACCCUGUUUGAUUCAGGAGCAAGAUAUCUGACCACUGGUUUUCUGUCUGAGAACAAAGUUUCUAACAUUUCCUUCCACUGUCUCUUAAAAACCCUCAUAUUUGAAUGAGUGAAGAUGAACAACUGAUAUAUAGAGAGGGGAUGCUCCUGUAUAUUGGCUCACCCCCCACAUAUGUGUUUUAAAGGAUGAAAAAUCUGUAUCUAGCUUAGAUUUGUUAGGUAUUGAGUUAUAGUGUUAGAUAUGAAUAAAGUGAAUCCUUUUUUUUUCAAAUGGGUAGGCUGUUAGAAAUUAGUAAGGUCCUCCAGUCUCCUCGCCAAGAGCAAUUGCAUCACUGCCUCGGGGGCCAGAAAGAGAGGCACCAUUUAGAAAGACCCUCAGCCAGCUCAGGUUUGUAGGUAAGCGUAAUUAAAGGACUAGGCAUUGGUGCCACUUCAGUGCACUUUCGGAGGCAGAACCAGGUACGUAACAUUGCAGACGGAGAACAGGACUUUUCAGUUGCAUGUGUUUAAACAGCCUUUUGUCUGAUGUUUUGUAUGUAUGCAUUGUUCAGAUGUACACACUAUGGUGGAAUUUAUCAAGGCCAAGCAGGUGCUUUCUGAGGGCAAAGCACAUCUAUAGGUUUCCAUGCUAAUUUCUCCUUAUGUGGCACUUUACCCCUGCAUGCCUUUGCUAUGUCUACCCAUAUACAUAUUUUCUUUGUAGUUUGGUGCUACCAAGCAAAUGGUAUUUAUGAUGUUAAAGGGUAUGUUACUCUUUUAUGUGGUACAUUUAUGGUUUACCAAACAAUUACAAAUAAGCUAUAUUUUAUAAAUCUUAGCAUUGCAUACUAUGCUAAUUUCCAGGUAAGUUCUAUCCAGUUUCAUAGUAAUCCACUAAAAAGAUUCAAGUCCCCAAGUUCAGCUUUUCUCACUCCUGUUCAUCCUUGGUUUUUACUGUAAAGAACCCUUUAGGCGAAAGACAUUCUUCAAGUCUAAAUGGAUAAUAUCUUUAGACUUUAAUAAAUGGGUUACCAGAAAGGGGGGGGGGUGUGUGUGUGUGUGUGUGUGUGUGUGUAAACGGCACUCAAGGAUUUUUCGGUUUUUCCUUCUCUUAUGGUUCAGCCACCAGAGCACCAGGUAUAUUUUUUAUUUGUUGGAGUGCAGGGGUUUUCUAUAUUAUUAUUAUUAUAUCUAUGUAUGUUUAGAUUACUUUUUUUAUUUAUUUAUAAUGUAAGGGUUAAAGGAACCCUAGAGGGUCAGGAGUAAAAAUCUUCCUCUCCUGCUAUUUAAUUUUUGUAGGGUUUAGAGGGAUCCCUAUAUUCAAAGUUUUCUACCUAGUAUCCUGGUGUAGUCCCAGUGUAAACCUAUCUAUCACCAUUCCUUGACAUCUUCCAUGAAAGAGUUGGGCAAAGAAGAGAGCAGACCUGUAGGAGUAGAUGGCCAUCCUCGUCACAGGGUGCUGGUCCAUCUAUCAAAGGGAUGGGCCAACUCAAUCCAGCAGACCACGCACAUCGCUCUGCUGCAAGGUCUUUGUGCCCAGUUCCCUUUAACAUUUUGAAAUCUGCUGGAAGAUUUCAAAAUGCAGUACAUGUCCUCGCGACCUAUAUUUGAUGGAACAGUACCCCAAAACGCAGGACUGCCCCGGCAACUGCGGGACUGUUGGCACCUAUUGUGUAAGCUGAGCUAUGCCCUGCAGGGUGACAUGAGCUAAACCCUGCAUUGCCACGUUUUUUUGUGCUCAGAGCUGCAGCAUCCAGGAUGCAGAGGAGGAGGUGACAUACAUUUAGGUAGACCACAGGUAAGGUGUCAAACUGUUUGCAAACAGACUGCUUACCCUUGAACACCAGUGCACUCUUGGGGCACCAUAAACGUUAGUGUGCUGUAGUGUUCUAUAGUCACCAGAACAACUACAGCUUAAUGUGCUCUUUCGUCUCGUUUUACAUGCACCUACUAAGGAAUGAUUCCGCCAUUUAAAAAUCCAGACCAAUUGAGGAAUCAACUUUGGACUUUGUACAGAUCUUAUCCAUUGUAUUUCAUUUAAGUACCGAUUUUUAGAUUUAGUGCCACCUGUCUCCCAUACAAUAACAGCAGUGGUUAUGGUACUUGGAUUGUUCCUUUCAAGAUUUCUAGCUUUCUAAAUAGCAAGACUCUUCCACUUCCAUUAUUAAAGGAACACAAUUCAGUAGAUAUACCCCCUAGGGAAACAUGCUUGCAUUUAACUUUGUGUUUUUCCUUUGAUCUAUAUCUCUCGACUGAAGCCCUUCCGUGUACCCUAGCCCAAAUAGUCUCAUCUCUCCUGCCUGUUUCCUGGGAGUAUUGCUGCUACCCCUUCCCCACCCCCCUCUUGUAUGCUACUGCAUUUUGGAGAGAAACUGUGACUCCUACACAAAGAGACACAUUUGGAAUGAAUGCUAGCUUUUAUGCUCUGCUUGGUCUUUUCAGCCAAUAGUAAUACAGCCUGAAUUUAAAACCUGAUCCUUGACGGUUCCUCUAAAAGAAACGGUCAAACUAUAUAAUUUUUUUUUUUUUUUUUGCCUGCAUCCGUCUCAGUCAAUAGAUCUGCUCAGCGUCCUCAUGGGAAAAAAUAUUAGGUUAAUAAUGAGUGAUUAGAAUUUGUAAUUAACAGUAUGCUAAGUAGAUGUGUCCCAUCAAUAUGUAAAGUAGUGUGGGUUGUGUAUGUAUGUGUGUAUAUAUGUACAAUUUAUUUAUUUUUUUAAAUACAAGAUUUUUCUCUCUCCCCCACUCUAUUCUGGUUUACACUUGUCACAAGCCUUUUGAUUUCCACAAUUAUGUAUUGCUUGUUUCCUAGCUACUUGGCUCAGUGUCAGCAUCAGGAUUAAAUUCCCUUGGGCUCUGCGUGCAGUUUAUUGGCUCAAACUCAGACAGGCAUUGUGUGAAGUAUUGGUUGGCUUGUUCUGGUGUUAUGUCAUCCAGGAUGUUUGAGUGUUGUGCAGUGGCCUUUGGCUUUUUUUUUUUUAAAUAUUCCCCUCACAAACCGAGAGAUUUGUAUGUAUUUAUGUAUUUGUCUGUUAUUAGAUUUGAUGUGUCUAUAGGAAACGAUAUGGAAUAUAAACUGGGUGAAGUGUCUUUCACAUAAAAUGAUAGCUUCCUAAUCUACAGAACAUGAAUUUUUGAAAUCUUGUGAUGCUAGCCAGGCCUUUAAAAGGCUCCAAUAUGAUCUCCAGAGGUGAAUUUCUACCAGCUAGGGAUAAAUGUUCAUUUGCCAAUGGCUAGUGAAUGGAAGUUUUGAUAAUAAUUUAAACCAGCUAUUGGUCUUGAUGGACUAAAUAUGGGUGAAAAAGAUCUUUUCUGGUUAGCAGUUUAUUACCUGCCCUGAUAUUUAACAGUACAAAAAAGUAUCUGCUUGUCUAGUUACUGACCACAAAUGUGUAGUGUCCGUAUGAGACUUUACAAGCCGUGAAUGCACAUACUAAGGGUAGAAACAUUGAAUUGCUUUUAUUUAUUUAUUUAUUUAUGUAUUUUUUUUAUUUUUUUUUAAGUGAGUGUUAACAUUUGCCCAUUUGUAAGCUUCUGCUUGUUGGAGGGCAAUUAUAAGCUGAGCAUGAUGAGGGAGGGUUAGCGGAAAUAAAAUGUAUAAGGAUAUUGUGAUAAAAUAACAUGAAUAUGGUAAAAUGUUUGUGUAACUGAUGACUUAAAGGUAGGAAGACAAUGUAACAGAACAGCUGGAAAUGCUAGCAGAAUGCUUGGUUCUAUAGGGAGAGGUAUUAGCAGUAGAAAGAGAGAAGUGCUCAUGCCAUUGUACAGAACACUGUUGAGACCUCACUUGGAGUAUUGUACGCAGUACUGGAGACCGUAUCUUCAGAAGGAUAUUGAUACUCUAGAAAGAGUUCAGAGAAGGGCUACUAAACUGGUUCAUGGAUUGCAGGAUAAAACUUACCAGGAAAGGUUAAAGGAUCUUAACAUGUAUAGCUUGGAGGAAAGACGAGACAGGGGGGAUAUGAUAGAAACAUUUAAAUACAUAAAGGGAAUCAACACAGUAAAGGAGGAGACUAUAUUUAAAAGAAGAAAAACUACCACAACAAGAGGACAUAGUCUUAAAUUAGAGGGACAAAGGUUUAAAAAUAAUAUCAGGAAGUAUUACUUUACUGAGAGGGUAGUGGAUGCAUGGAAUAGCCUUCCAGCUGAAGUGGUAGAGGUUAACACAGUAAAGGAGUUUAAGCAUGCGUGGGAUAGGUAUAAGGCUAUCCUAACUAUAAGAUAAGGCUAGGGACUAAUGAAAGUAUUUCAAAAAUUGGGCAGACUAGAUGGAUUCUUAUCUGCCGUCACAUUCUAUGUUAUGUUUUGGUUUGGUUUCAGCAUACUUGAUUAAAAGCCUGACUAAUCACUGAUUUAUGGAAAACAUUUAGCUUUGAAGUCGUGAAUUACUCACGUGACUUCUAACUACCAAAAUUAAAAUCCUAGUCAAAUAACUCCGGAUAAAAUAAAUGAAUCUAAUUGGCCUACGUAUGUACAAAAUAUAUUUAUAUUUAACUUAUAAAUAUUUUAUUUAUUAAAGAUGUAUGUGUAUAUACAUAUCAGCUAAGUAUAUUUAUAGGAUAUUGAACAAAAUGAGUACAAGUAAAUAAUGACAAACUUAAAAGAUGGCAAUAUGGUUGUGUAUAUAAUGCAACACUUUUGCACUGUAGCUAUCUUGUGUGGUUAGACUACUGGAAUGCUUUGUGCUAUGUAUUUCAGUAUUUGUACUGAUGUGCAGAUUUCAGCAUUAGACAAACUUCUAAAAAGUACAGAAACGCCAAUUAGUGAAGUUGGUAAAUUACCGCAAAAACAGACUUCUAGAAUAGUUGUUUCCUAUUUGUGGGUUUAUUUUCAAUGUUUGUCUGCUUUGUUUCAUGUCAGGUGGCAAAAAAUAAGUAUUUUGAAAGCCCAGCCCUACCAUGCUAGAGUCAUGUAACUGUGCUGUGUAUAUUACACUGAUACAAUGCCUACGUGACGGUGCAGACAAUACUUGUUUGUUCUAUUUGUUUCCAAUAUAAAUACUGUGUAUAUGAAAAUAUUCACAUAUGCUUUGUGUUUAAAACAAUAGUUACAGUACCAAAGUCUCUUUUCAGCGAAGUAAAAUGUAUCUGUCCUUUUUAAAUGUCACUGGUUAGGACAUCAUGGUAGAUUCAGAAUGAGAUUUGAAUUGAGACAUAAAUCUCCCCCUCCCUCCUGAAAAGGCCAGUGUCUGCCGUAUUGUGUAAUUGUCUCUAUAUGCCCUUUUCUGUGCCUCAGAAAAUGACAUAGGCCACAAUUUCCUAUUGCCUGUUAGUCAUUGGCAAGUAGAACUUCAGGCUAAGCAACAAGACUCCCCAGCACUGCAAAAGGAAGAAUAGGGCACUAACCAUUUAAAGGAACACUCUAAGCACCAUGACCACUACAUCACGCUCAUUGAGAUGAACAGAGUGGGAAGUGGCACCACAGGAGCCCACAAGAUGUCAAACUAUUCUUAAGUGGUGUAACUUCUUACAAUGGGGGAUAAGAGGGAGGGGGAACUCAUGGCACCAUAACCACUACAUUGUGCUUUAAAGAAGUAACUGUUCAUCUAUUUAGAGUUGUAUGACAAAUAGGUAGGUAUAGGGUGUUUGGCAUAUUAUGUGGUGUAAGGUUUUAAAGCUUGCUUUGGAUGGUGAACAAGAAAUGACCUAUAAAAUCAAAUGUCGACGGGCCAACAUGAGCUUCCUGUCACUUUAGUUUGCACUGUCAAUAAGGGCUUUUGCAUUCAAGUUUAAAUGAAUAGGUUUGGUGGUUCUUGUGUAUUCAAAUAUCUUUGGGAGCUAAGAAUUUUCUAUCUUAAAAUCCUGUUCUAUUUUAUAAAUUUGUUUUGGGUAAACUUGGUUUGCUUUUGCAUGUAACAAAAUCUCUUUACAUACAGCAAUUCUAAACCUUUUCUCAGAUAUAAAUAUUCAGUAUUUCUUUGGUUCUAUAAUAUUCUCUAAGUUAUUUAGUUGUUUUGGGCAUUAUUGUAUAUGAUGUAUUUGGCAAGUAGCCUUGUCCAUGACAAUGUACUUCACACACUUUGCUCGGUACAAAACAUUCAAAGAAGUAUCUCCCCUCCCAUGGGGUCAUAUUGGGGUUUUGGAUACUUCUGGCUAAACUGACUUAUUAAUUUAAUAAAAGUAAUAAACUCAAAGCACACCUUGUAAUAUUGCAUUGAAAAGAUUUUAAUUAAAGAACAAGCUGAAUACACCCGUAAAUAUAAAGUUUUACUUUUCUUAUGUGAUUUAUGGACCUGGAGGGGAACAGGUUAUUGAUUACUUAUAAAGCACCCUGCACUUUGAUGGCUGCAUGUUACACAUUCAAAUCCACAUCUAUAGAGAGCUAGCUAUAUCUUGUACGUAUAUAUUUUAUUUACCUGUCAGGUGGAAAUCCUAAUUUUAUGGGGAAACACUAAUUUAAAGAGAAGACAAUCUUUGACAUCAUUAAACUUACCUGUAAUUCAGUGCUGGGGCACACUCCUCUCAACAGGCCGAUUUUCCUUGGGUGAAAUCAUUCAUACUGAUGAUCAAUGUCCAAUCAAAUGCUUCUUUUAGAGCAGCAUUGAGAACAGGAAAAGACAUGUCCCCAUGAUUUGCCAAACCAUCAUUAUUCACCAAAACAAAUAUCUAAAAGUGUUGGUAGAUUCUGUAAAUGAAUCUUACUCAGAAGUCAUACAGUCACGAAUCGGCAAAGAAAUUGCAAAAUGUAAACAGUUAUUUGUCUUAUGCCAAUUACUGUGUAUAUAUAAACUUCUUACAUGAAUGUAUUCUGCCUGCACCUGUAACACUUAUGUCUUUUUUUGCAGAUAAGCUAUCCUUUUGGAUUCAGUAGACAAGAACACUAAACACAAUAUUUUGGAAAGUGAACUCCAGGAUCAAUCAUGUCUAUUAUGGACCAUAAUCCUACCACUGGGGUAGUCACAGUUAUUGUCAUACUUAUUGCUAUCGCAGCCCUUGGUGCCUUAAUUCUGGGUUGCUGGUGUUACCUACGCUUGCAGAAGAUCAGUCAGUCGGAGGAUGAAGAAAGUAUUGUGGGGGAAGGCGAAACCAAAGAACCUUUUCUUUUGGUUCAGUAUUCGGCAAAAGGUCCUCGAGUUGAGAAAAAGACCAAGCUAACUGCUAAUGGCACAGAUGGACACAAUUUUCAGGCAAAUUAGGAGUCUAUCCAGCCGAGAUGCUUCCAAAAAGAACGGAUACUGUGAAAAUAAUAGAACCACCUCGAUGUUGGAAGUUCUCUAGCCCUGGCUUUCAGACUUCGUCUGGAAGCCACUUACACCGCAUGGCUAAAGUACUCUCCUGCGAUCCUUGCUCUCGAUAACGUUUUCCUUGUAUUUUUCAAACCUUAAUCUAUAUCUCCCCUAAAAUGUGAACUGUUCCCAGUCACAUGAACAGUGUAAAUAUGUCAUUUUUAUUUUUUACUUGAUCUUGUGAAGUAACAUUUCUGAUCUAAUGAAAACCACAUGUUCAGAAAUUGUCAACUAAGUAACGGAAGCAAGAUCUUAAACACAGAUUGGCACUUAGUUUUAUUUAAUAGUUGGUUGAAUAGUGGUUUUUAACACUAGGUUAUACUUCCUCUUCCUUAGAGGAUGAGGAGCUACAUGAUUUUUACCAUAUUGUCUUUAAUUGUGUUUUGUUUUUUCUAACUGCAUUGAACCUGCCAUGUUUUCACUUGUAAAAAGAGCCAAUGAUCUGGAACAUGUCUUGUAAAUUUUAAAUGUGCCAAGAGGUUCUCCACAUUUAACUGGCAGAUGAGCAGUUAUCUGGAUGUAUUUUUCUAAUAAUGAAAUGCUAUUUUAGAUUUUCAGUAAAACAUUUAUUUAUAUGUUUUCAGAUAAGUUAUAACUGUGGAUACAAAAUUUAGACAUUUUAGUGGGUAUACUUACUCCCUGUUACAAACUGUCUUUUUAUGACUGUGUGAUAAAAUGAGGGUUCAAAUUCCCUUAGCUUACGUAUAUACUCUUCUUUAAGUAAGAGGUUGUUUUAAAAAGUCUAUUUAAAGUUGGAGUGAAUUUUGAGUAUCUUUUUACUCGAUGACCUGCUUGAUAGACUACAAUUAAUACAAAAAAAAAAACGUAAGUGGCUGUAAUAAUCACUUUUUUUGUUAAAAAAAAAAAAAAAACAGUUGCCAAUUAUUCCUGAAAGUCUGGUUUAAUCCUGUACAAGUUCUCAGAUAUUUUGUGUGGUUUCCAUGGGAAAGGGUUCAUGAAACAUAAGUGUUUCAAUUAUAAGUAUAUUCAUGGAAUUGACCGUGAUAGAACAUUUUGCAUAACGCAGACUGUAGCCUGAUCAGUGAUAUUUAAUUUUAGGAGUAGACUUUUUUUUUUUUUACAGUUUCUUUAACACAAUCUAUGACUUGGUAUCAGAAUUGUAUUUACUAUUCUAAUUAUGCAUAGUCCAUAUCACAUUCUCCUCUUUGGCAAAAGGCAUUUUUUGGAACAUUUAGAACAAGUCAGGUUUGAGUGUUUUAAACAUAGAUCUCCACUAUCGAUGCACUGCAACCCAGUUUUCUUUGGAUGUCUUAACUCCCUAAGGAUCAAUGAUGGGAAUGUUAGGCAGUCUUGACAACUUUAGUCACGCAAAUUGAAGAGUGGCAGACAUUAGAAAGUAAUCAGUUGGCUAUAUAGUGUGCUCCUAAGUGAAAAAUGGUAUGUCAUAAAUUUACUAAAAUCCUUUAUUACACAAUUAUUAAAUGUAAAAAGGCAUCACUGAAUUUUCUCAGGGAGUUAAAUGGUCAAAGACUACUAGAUAUUAAAAGCAAGCAGCAGUUCAAUAAGUUUUCCCACUUCUGGAACAAAUUUGCUUUUACUUUAAAGGUUACAUUUUAAGCUCCAUAAUAACUUAAGCUCAUGGAAGUAGUUAUGGUUGCUGAUGUUUCUAUGCCCUCGCUCUCAUAUUUCAUUAUUAAACUCCUAUCCACCAUUGGUUUAAUGGUGAAUCUGGAUCCAUGAGUAUCCACAGCUUUGCUUUCUGACCGGAUAGGUAAGGCAGAGUUGUUCUGCCUAAUACCACACCAAAUCAUACCAGCAGCAGUGAGCAAGCAGUCAGUGCUGCAGGCAAACUGAUUCACCAUUAAACCUUUUGGAAUCUGUUUAAUUGUGAAACUCCAGUUUAGAGGGAUAUGAUGCCUUUGGUGUCCCCUGUGUUUUAAAUGGCAAUUUUCAGUAAAUAUGUGGUUGCGAGGUAUUUAAUCAGGAGAACCGCACAUAAAACCUAUUGUUUAUAUUACUUAUUUCAUGUAUUGUUUAAUGGACCACAACAGUUUUGGAAUUGCCAGCCACUAAAAUCUAAUUUUAAUUCAGUACAUAGGUAUGCAUUAAAAUUGCAAACAUAAUCAUCUCUGAAUAGUCUGGUUUCUGCAGAGAAAUAUAGUGGUUGCCUUAUUGGUUCUCAGUAAUAGGAAGUUAUGUCAAAGGCAAAUGUCUAAAGAUUUUUCUUUAACAAAACGUAAUUACAAUGGCCAGAUCAUAGGACGCAAAGGCGGCUCUAAACGCUCAUAAAGGGAAUAGGCUGUUUUGGCAUCCUGGGACGGGAGACACUUUUGAACAGAAUAAAACUUUUUUUUUUUUUAUAUAAGUUAACAGAAUGAACUAAACGCCAUUUGACUUUGGUUGAGCAAGCCUUAAUCUAGAACAGUUCCAUUUCAAGCAAUCAUGUAUUUUCAGUUGUAAAGUAAACAUAAUUGUGACUGAGGAAACUAACCAGAACUGAUUAUGUGCCAUAUUAAGACUUGUAAAAUAAAUAAAGCCAUAACAAUAAACUAAAUUGAAAUUAAUAUUGCGGUUUGUUUUAUUUUAAUCCACAUGGAAGGAAUGUUUACAUUUUCAGAUUCUGUACAGGAUAGGGCUGAUGCUGGCAUAAAAGUAGUGGGCCUCUACAAGCAGAGGCUCAAUUUUACAUAAGACCCCAUGUGCAUUUCUUCCAUAAG